AUCAUCUAUCAGUCAGAUUUGAAUGUUAGCUUUGAGUAGUAGCUAAUUUUUGGGGGGUUGGUCUGUUUGAAAGUUCUAUAUCCGAUUAAGACUAGCUUCAAUCUUUUGUUUCUCAGUUGCAACUGACACCUGAACUGAGACAAUCAUCCAAUUGGGUUUGUGAAAACUGAAAAGGUUGAUGAACAUGAAGCUAAAGGAGCAGGAAAGUGGAAAGUGCUGUGUCAAGAGAAAACAGAUGAGUUCAUCACCAUCGCCGCCACCUCCGCCGCCACCGUUUCCAAGGUUCUUGGCUAAGAAGAGUGUUGUUGAGAGUGUGACAAAGAGAGAAAUCGACAGGUUCUGGACGCUGAAGCGUAUUAAUGAGGAGGAGCACCUCCUCGCAGCGAUCAAGGCUGCAGCACGCAUUAGAGCUCGAAAACUCUCGGAGGAAGACUACAGAUCUUUUGAGGAGUCCUUGAAUGAUGAAGACAACGAUGGCAAGGAUAGAGACGCCGCAGUCAAAACAAAUGAGAACAAUGAUGUGAUUCGUGUUGGAAUUAAGGACUGGUGGACAAAGAGCAAGUAUGCAUACUUGAACCAGCCAGAUAUGGAUUCCAAGGAGCCUCCAAAAAGGCGUAGCUCCACAUUUAUUCCUAAUUGCUUUGCUUAUAAGCCAACGCCUCUGUACCCAACCUCUCUUGGUGUCUUUUAAACCAACUGAGCUGCUUCAAUUGAUUGGAUUGAACAUUCAUGAAUUAUAUGUUUGCUAGGAGAUGCAAGUUUGUAUGUUUUAUAUUUGGAAUAAGUAAAGGUUGCAGCUUUUGGUGGUAUUAGUUUUCUAUGCAUGGUUAUAAACACUACCAUUUAUUUGAAUUGAACUGGGAAAAAGUGUAACAAACCCUUAGUGGCUUUGUUAUUUUAGUCAG